AUCUCGACCUUCCUCACCUUCUCUCCAAAUUCCAACUCCGACCCAUUUUCAAGGACACAAAUCCGACCCGACCCAAGAUGGGAAUCUGCAGCUCCACCGGCUCCACCCAAGUGGCCACCGCCAAGCUGAUCCUACCGGACGGCAAGCUUCAAGAGUACUCCUACCCCGUCCGGGUUUCCUACGUCCUCCAGAAGCACCCGGCUUGCUUUAUAUGCAACGCCGACGAGAUGGACUUCGACGACGUCAUUUCCGCCGUCAACGACGACGACGAGCUCCACCCGGGGCAGCUCUACUUCGCUUUGCCGAUGAGCUGGCUCAAGCAUCCCUUACAGGCCGAGGAGAUGGCCGCAUUGGCCGUCAAAGCCAGCUCCGCUCUCAUGAAGAGCGGCGGCGAGAAAUGCGCCUACAGGAAAAAUUCCGUUUCUCCGGUGACUUUUUCCGGCGAGGAGGUCAAGUCUCGCCGGAGCGGCGGCGGAGCUAGGAGGGGGAGUAAGUUCUCCGCAAUGUUGAGUGCAAUACCGGAGUAGGGAGGGGUAGUUUGGGAGUUUCGUAGGAGAGGGGUUGUGUAAAUAUGGUGUAAUCAAAUCUGGGGAUGUGAUUAGGUAGAGGUUUAGAGGAGUUUCGGUGAAUUACCACCGGAGGGUAAUUUUUUUUAUCUUUUAAGUUGUUGUACCAGGCAACCAUUUAUGGGGUUGUGUUACAAUUUUGGCCCUAGAUGGUUUUGAGAAAACAAAAAAAUUAAUUUGUUCUCUAAAUUCAGAUCUCCAUUUGGACUUU